UCCACCACAAGCUUCAAGUAAUACAACGACAAUCCACGACAAGCUGAAACAAUUGCCAUCGGACUUUGCAGUGGUUCCUCCAUGUUUUGUGGAUCUUAAAAAGUCAGCAUGUCCACAGUCCGAAAUAAUCACUCAAAACUUAUCUUCGACUACUUUCAAUGGGGAAACUGCUUGGCUGGAGAAUACAAUGACAGAUAAUUGUAAAAUAUGGGCUGCACAUCAUGCUGGUUUUGAUAGAGAAACAAGCGAACGACACCGUACCAAUGUGGUCGCUCUACCGCUAUUUAAAGAGCAGUCCCAUACGCCAGCAAUGAUGCUGCAUACGAUGAAUAUAGUGGAUAAAUCGACAAAAUUUUUAAAUCCCGGUCAAGUUCCAGUGUUGGUAGCUGAUCAACCACUUUACGCGCUGCUCAAACAACUUCAGUAUUUGUUCCCAUCGAAAGUAGGCGAAGACAAGAUAUUUAUAAUGAUGGGUGGAUUGCAUAUUGAGAUGGCCGCCCUAAAAAUAAUCGGACAGCUGCUGAAUGGAAGUGGAUGGGUGGAAGCCUUAGUACAGGCAAAUGUAACCACACAAGGCCGAGGCGAAUCAAUGUUAACGGCAUCAAAUGUUGUUCGAACAAGAUAUGCACAUCAGGUUACAGCUGCAGCCCUUUACGCACUGCAGAAAAAAGCAUAUCAAGCUGAAAUAAAUGACAAUGACGCACAGAGUGGAAACUUUCUAACUUUCGAAGAGUGGCAUUCGAAAAAAUGUGUAGAAAUACCACAAUUCAAAUACUGGGAUUUGGUUCUAAAUCUUGAGUUGCUGGUUUUGCAAUUUGUUCGGUCUACAAGAACGGGAGAUUUCAAAUUGUAUUUGAACUCCAUAAGAUCAAUUUUGCCAUGGUUCUUUUCUUUGGACCAUGUUAAUUAUUCGAGGUGGCUAACGAUACACCUCAGGGAUUUGGUUAAUUUGGAAACGACACACCCAAAUUUGCACAAGCACUUCGAAAGCGGCAAGUUUGUAGCCAGAAAAACCAAUAAACCAUUUUCUGGGAUAGCUCUUGACCAGGCGCAUGAGCAAAUGAAUGCUGUUUUAAAGGGAGACGGAGGUAUGAUCGGUAUUACUGAAUCUCCGGAUUUUCUGCAAAAAUGGCUUUUGGCUUGGCCAGUGUUAGUAGAAAUGGUUGAUACGUAUGAGAAUGAUGUAAUGCAAAAGGAAAUAAACGACGCAAAUGACAUUGUCUGUCAUCAUUCUGAUACUGCUGCUAAUCAAAUUAGAUUCAUAACAGCUGUGAAAUCACUUGAGUCGACGAUAACUGGCCUGGGUAAUCCUUUCCUUGAAGAAACCACAGAACUUUACAACAUUGACACGAAAGUCGUUGCUUUGUCAGAAGUUACAUCAACUAUCAGAACAAUAGAAGAACGCGGUGAGGCACAAUACCUCAACUUUUGUAAAGAAAGAUUAAAUUCGGGGAAGAGUUUGCACGAACCAAUCAAACAAAAUAAAUACUCACUAUUUACCACACACCACACAAAAGCCAGAAAAUCCAUUAGCAAGACAAAAUCCAAAAUUACAGGCUUGAAAAAUGAUUGCAGCCUAUUUAGCAAGUUGUAUAUAGCCACGUGUGAGCACCGGACAGGGAAUCUAGAAUCCUUUUUUUCUCACGAAAACCAACCAACUCCUCCAUCGCUUUCAGCUAUGGGUAAAUUGAGGUCAGGUACCAAAGCAGAUCUGUUAAAAUCCUUAACAUCUUUGUCUGAUUCAACGACCGUACCGAUUGCACCGCCAGUAUCUGUAAAAAUUUUGGAUGGUCCUGCUAUAGUGCAUUUGUUGAGUCCUAGUAACAGUGAAACUUUUAAAGAUUAUGCUGACACAAUUUUCAUCGGUUUUCUAAACAAAGAACUGGAAAAUGUUGCACGAUUGGACAUAGUUUGGGAUAGAUAUGAUAAGGACAGCCUGAAAAACUCGGCUAGGGAAAAACGUGGAACUGGAUCAAGACAACGUGUGUCUGCAUCUACAAAGAUACCCAAAGGAUGGGCCAAUUUCCUCCGAGAAGGUACCAAUAAAGAGGAAUUGUUCCAUUUCUUAACCUCUCGAGCCCAUUCUCAUUUUACCGAUACAACAACCGACAAAGAGUUUUAUGCCACGAAUGGACCGUCCGUUAUCAGCAACAGCACUAAAGACCUGAAAAAUGUAGAACCUUGCAAUCACGAAGAGGCUGAUACGCGUAUGAUGGUCCAUGUUGCUGAUGCUGUUGCCCAAGGCUACAGAAAGAUCAUGAUAAGAACAGUGGACACAGACGUGGUAGCACUAGCUGUUACAUGCGUGCCUAAAUUGCCACAGUUGGAAGAGCUGUGGGUACACGUGGACAACAGCAAAAACCAUAAAUACAUCUCAUGCCAUGGUAUUGCAGCCUCUCUGGGGCCAGAACAGUCAGAAGUUCUGGCAAUGUUUCACGCCUUUACCGGUUGUGACAACACGUCUUUCUUUUGCGGUAAAGGAAAGAAGACUGCGUUCGAGACAUGGCGUGCGUACCCGAGUGCUACAGAAGGAUUUAAGUUAGCGAUGCAGGGACGCACUGACCAGGCAUUACCAAUAUUAGAAAAAUUUACAAUUGCCAUGUAUGACAAAUCGGGCUCUUGCACUGACGUGAAUAGUUGUCGAAAAGAAUUGUUCACAAAAAAAGAUCGGAGUAUCGAGAAUUUGCCACCCACUCAAGAUUCUUUAAAGCAGCAUAUACUUCGAGCAGUGUACCAAGGAGGACACGUAUGGGGACAACUCCUCGUACCACAACAAAAUCUGCCUUGUCCUUCCGACUGGGGGUGGACCAAGGUUUCCGAUAUUUGGGAGCCAGUUUGGUCAACCUUGCCAGUGGCAUCAAACGCGUGCAUUGAGCUAAUUAGGUGCAAAUGUAAACAGAAGUGUGCAAAAAGAUGCAACUGUAUAAAAAGAAACUUGAAAUGUACAGAACUUUGUGGAUGCGGCGGGACGUGUGCUGAUUAA